AUGGUAAGGGCUGCUGUUAGUCCCGUUGAUCAAGCACAGGCUGGAGACCGAAGAAAAAGAACUUUCAAAGAAGCAGGAGCAACGUUCGUCCUGAGAUCAGAUCAGUACCGACUGUCACUUCGACUCCCAGGUCGGACUGUCGCCUCCAUUUGUAUCGGCUUUUUCAACAAGCAAGCUUGGGAGAAGAAGAAGGCCGAUGUGGUCCUGCCAGCAGAUCUUAACUCUGUAGCGUAUGUGUCGUCGGUUAUCCUUAGCAAAGGUAUCGUGAGGAGAGGUUGGGCCCUUUCCCUGUUUUCAGUUAAGAUGAUGGUCUAUCUGGGCCUAAUACACAGAAUUACCGCCUACGCCGCCUACGCCGCCUACGCCACAAUCGUCACAGCAAGCAAUCUUAGUGCAGACUAUUAA